GAGAGCUGAACACCAGCAGUAGCAGGUCUGUCAUGUCUAUACACCAUAUGUACCCCGGUGGCUGAGCGGACCAGACCUCGUUGUGAUCUUGAAGUUGGGCAAUCACUUCUCAGCAGUCAUCUCAUUAUCAUCUCAGGAACAACUACAAUGACAGGGAGUCAAUAUGUCCUCCUACAAAGUGCGUUUGUACAAGGAAUCUGACCAUCGUACGGUCCAUGAGAUCUUCACAUCCGGUUGUCAUGAACACAUCUCUCCAGCUUUCUACAACGCCUUAAGGCAACCUCACAACUCACUUCUACUCUUGGUGGGACUCGUUCUUCCACUGGUCACUAAUGGAUCCAUCCUGUUCUCCAUCUUGGUUGGGUUCAUUCUGUUGCUCAUGUUAUGGCUCCCCGGUAGAGAGUUUUUCCUUUAUCAUCUUAGGCAUGGUCUGGCCGGAGAUUUGAAGAACAUUAGUAAAUAUUAUCUAGAGAGGGAAGGUUAUUGCUUCUGGGUGGUGGAGCUAGAAGGAGAAGUUGUGGGCAUGGUGGCCGCUAUCCCAUACAUUACCCCUCAGGAGAGGAGCGUGGAGCUAAAGAGGAUGAACGUAUCUCGUGCCCACAGAGGCAAAGGGCUCGCCAAAUUAUUAUGCAGUACAGUGAUUGACUUUGCACAGAAGAGUGGGCGUCAUGCGGUGAUCCUAACCACCACGGCCAUACAGGUUGAUGGCAGGCGACUCUAUGAGAAGAUGGGCUUCAAGAGUGCAGACCUAGCUCCAUACAACCCAGUACUAAACCUCGUCGGCAUGCCUUGGGUUGGUUACAGAUAUGAUAUCCCCUCCAGUAGAUGAUCCUCUUUGAUUAUGUCACUUUUGGCAUUGUUUCUGGUUUCCUAUGUGAGUCAUGCAAUGGAGUUUUGAGUUGUCCUUCAUUUUUGGUAUGUCCACCCUUGAUCUGUAGGCAUCAUAGUUAUAUAAUCAGUAGGGUUCAGGAAAGAGAAUGUCCACAAGGGGACUGUUUACAUGAUCUCAAGAUAUUAAUAGACUAAUCUUCUUAUGUAACUCGAGGUCCUCAAAGGUGUUGCCCAGGGUCAACAUAAAGGGUUACUAAGGAAAUGUAAUUGUAUAAAUCAAUAAAGGAACCAUUACUGGCCUGUUAAA